AAACAGCAUCCCACCAACUACAACUGUUGAAAAUUUUCAAGAAAAGCUUUAUGCAGCUACUGGAAAAUGUUUUGUAGACACAGCAUUCUGGGGAGGGGUCAUCCCUGGCAACCAGAAUAUAGCGAACGCUAUGGAGACCACAUCCUGCCAUAGGGAGGUUAUAUGUGUAUUACCAAAUGGUCUCACAAGUGGGGAGAUCUCAUGGGAAUAGUAGUGCUGACCCAACCAGGGGUGCACAAAAGCGGUCGGAUCCACCAAGGGGAUGUCACAGCUUCACCAACAGGGGAACCAAGAGUGAGGAAAUGUCAGACGGGAUGAACCAAGUGGGGAGUCGCUACGCGUGGAGCACUAGCUCAGAUAUAGGUUUUCACCUCGUGAGAGAAAAAGUGCUCAGUGAUGGAUGGGAUGCUUGUACUUCGCUCGGUGGGGGAAGUAGGGAUGCUGAUAUAGCUCACUGAUUGUCUGAUGAAGGAGAGAAGGUGCUUCAAAGGGUAUACACCCAUCCUGCCCCCGGUCUUUCCAUGUUGGUAGUGCGAGGGCAGACACCGGCAGACACCGGCUCUACACAAAGGUUGUAGAAUCUUGCUAAAGUGUUGGUUAUAGCCGAACUCGCACCUCUGCAAAUGUCUGCCAGAGCGGCCCCCUGAGCCAGUGCCCAGGAGGAGGCUACACCUCGGAUGGAGUGAGCUCUCACUGCCAUUGGCAACAAGUGUGUGAUAUGCCGCGACAUACACCUUGAGGGUGGAAGGAUUUCCUUGUCCCGUCCAGGAGCCAGACGUGGAGGUCCAGAGAUUUGGUCUUGGGUGCUAAACCAUGAGCUUCCCCUGAGAAAAUAGGUCCUUUAUUAGGGGAAUCGGCCAGGGAGGAGUCGUCGUCAUUAGCGUCAGAUCUGAGAAGUUUUGUUGGACCAGUAGGGCGAAACUAAUUUGUUUCUCCUCUUCCCUGACCUUGCACAGGACCUGUGCAAGGAGGCUCACUGGGGGGGAAGGCGUACUUCCACUUGUCCUGUCGUCAGCUGUGCACAUCGGAUGGGGGCCUCGGUCAGGGAGCACCAAAGCAGGGAAUGGACGGUGUCCAGGGAGGCGAACAGGUCCACCUGUGCUUGCCUGAACUGCUCCCAAAUGAGCUGGGGCAAGCCGACCUGUGGUAUGUCAACAUAUCCCUUAGCUGCCCCGGUGUCGAGGUAAGUUAGGGCGGAGGUGCUCGUUUAACGUGAAGGGGGCGUUCCUGGUCUUGUUGAGCUCCUGAUGGACCUUCACAAAAAAGGGCAUGGGGGCGAAAAGAGGCUUGGUAACGCGCUCCGUAUCCAGGUACCAGGAGUACAGCCGCUCGCGGCAGCCAGGGAUCCAGCCUGGUCAUGCCUCGAAGCCUCGUCAUGCUCUUGCAUGGGUGCACUAUGGGUCAUUCGACUGCCGCCCUUCGGAGAUGGGUUUGGUGUGCGUAUCGGGACACGUAUGGUCUGAAGGUUCUUCACUACAGAGAAUCACAUCACACCAGAGAAUCUCAGAAAUGUAGUCAUUUGGCAGACGCUUUUAUUCAAAGCGACUUACAGUGCACUUAUUACAGGGACAAUUGAUGUGGAAAAUGUUGAUCUUCAAGCUCAAAAAAAUUGCUCAGACAAGGAAGGUCCAGGUGUCAAAGUUUCAACUUUAUUUGUACAAGUCAAACAAAGUGAGAUGUUCCAAGUCCCCAAAACAUCUGAAAACUUGGUGUUUUCCAGCCUCUAGUUAUAGUGAAACUUUUCAAAGGUGUUGCCUCUCAAAACCAAUCAGGUAAUUACCCGUUAUCUCUUAUUUUUUAUUAUCCUAACUGUCCUUGUCUGCCACCAUUAUUUUUAGGCAACAAGGUUUCAUGUCUAAUGGAAAAUAAGUUGUGCCAUAAUUUAUUUGAGUCUAGCUUUUCAAAAAUGAGCUGUGCUAUAAUUUAUUUGGGUCUGGCCUUCACACCAUCCCUGGAUUUUGUAUUGCUGAAAAUGAUUAAAAUAGUUUAUAAAAUCAAGAGUCAUGCAUAAAUGUAUUGAUUAUAUCAUUCAAACAAUCUUAUCGUUCUAAUACUCAUCUCUAAGUUAAUGUGAUUUCUGAUCUACUAACACGUCUAUGUUACAAACAUUCCUAUGAAUACUUCUUCAUAACCGGGGUAAAUAAAAAGCCCCAUAGUAUACAGAAUAUGAUCAGAUUAUACACAAUACAAUCCCCCUGGAGCAACAUGGAGUAAGUGUCUUGCUCAAGGACACACUGGUGGUGGCUGCUGGGAUCGAACCAGCAACCUUUGAUUUACCAGUUCAGUGGUUUAACCCACUAGACCACCAUCUCCAUACACAGGCUCAUGACACACGCUCUCAGGAACAUUUAUGUAAUAGAUCUUUGCCGCUUUAACCUCUAAUAUCUUUAUGUAGCGCCAAAUGCGCUUUAUUUUAAACCUUUCCACUCCACUUAGUUUAUUGUAUAGAUGUCGUAUGUGAUAUCUUUUGUUUUAUAAAUCUUCAAACCUAUUUUUGUUGAACAAUUUACAUCAAAAUUAGUUUUUCCUUUUUUUUACUAUAGUAUAUCAAAUAUACAAAUACUCUUCAGAAUAUCAAUUAGCCAUAAACAUUGCCUAGCCAUAAAUAUUGCCUACCCAUCUCCCUGUUUCUCCUGUUAAGAUGGAGCUGAAGCCUAUGCUCCAGGCUGGCGUGGCUGGGUUUAAGUGCUUCCUGAUUCACAGUGGAGUAGAAGAAUUUCCUCAUGUAAGUGAUGCAGAUCUGCAUGCAACUAUGAAGCAGCUCCAGGGCACAGACAGCGUUCUCCUGUUUCAUGCAGAGCGAGAAGUCCAACAUCUAGUCCCCGAGAAAGGAGAUCCAUGUAAAUACUCCACAUUUCUGAGGUCCAGACCUGACAUUAUGGAAUUUGAGGCCAUCCACACAGUCACUCAACUCUGCCUUCAGUAUCAAGUACGAUGCCACAUUGUGCAUCUGUCAUCAGCACAACCUCUGGAGCUCAUUAGGGCAGCUAGACAGGCAGGAGCUCCCCUAACUGUAGAGACCACACAUCACUACCUCAAUCUGUCUGCUGAGAACAUCCCAGUAGGGGCCACACAUUUCAAGUGCUGCCCCCCCAUACGCAAUGCAGUCAACCAGGAGCUCUUGUGGUCCGCAUUAAAAUCUGGUGACAUAGACAUGGUUGUGUCCGAUCACUCACCCUGCACGCCUGACCUAAAGUGUUUGGACAGUGGGGAUUUCACAAAGGCAUGGGGAGGCAUCUCUUCUCUGCAAUUUGGUUUAUCUUUGUUCUGGACAUCAGCUGCUAAAAGAGGUUUUUCACUUAAUGACGCAGUAAGACUCUUGUGCAAAGAGCCUGCCAAGCUCUGUCUACUUGACAACAAAAAAGGGAGCCUCAUUCCGGGGCAUGAUGCAGACUUCGUAAUUUGGGAUCCAGAAAAAGAGUUUACAGUUACAGAAGAACACAUUUAUCACAAAAACCAACUGACUCCAUACAUUGGUCUUUCUCUUCUUGGGGAGAUAAUGAAUCAUAUCAAGAGUGGCAUUCAGUAUGCAUUUCAGACUCGAAACAGAGUAACUCUGGCUGUGAGUGGACCAGGUCAUGCUGCUAUGGAGUGUGCCAUCUUUAACUCACUUGAGCCUGGAGACAGUGUGCUCAUUGCGGUCAAUGGCAUAUGGGGGGAAAGGGCUGCGGAAAUAGCUGAGAGGAUAGGUGCCAAGGUGAACACAAUUGUCACCUCUGCUGGUGGCUACUUUAAAAAUGAGGAAAUUGAGAAGGCGAUAGACAAAUAUAGACCUAUGGUGUUUUUUCUCACCCAUGGGGAAUCAUCCACGGGAGUGGUCCACCCAAUAGAUGGCAUAGGUGACAUUUGCCACAAGAACAACUGUUUGUUUCUGGUUGACUCUGUAGCUUCAUUGGGAGGUGCUCCAAUCUACAUGGAUAAACAAGGUAUUGACAUUAUGUAUACCGGCUCUCAGAAGGUCCUUAAUGCCCCCCCAGGAACAGCGCCAAUAUCUUUUAGUGAGAGAGCCUGCAAGAAAUUAUCUAACAGGAAAACAAAGCCCAUUUCGUUCUUUUUGGACAUGAACUGGCUGGCAAAUUAUUGGGGUUGUGAUGACAAGACUGUACGUGCCUAUCAUCACACUGGGCCUGUCUCUGCUUUUUAUAGUCUACGGGAAAGUCUGGCAAUUCUUGCAGAAACUGGUCUUGAUAACUUAUGGAAACAACACAAAGAAGUUGCAGAAUACUUCCACAAAGGGCUAAAGGAGAUGGGCCUGAAACUGUUUGUGCAGGACAAGAAACUAAGACUUCCUACAGUGACCACAAUAGUAGCUCCACCAGGAUAUGACUGGCGUGAAAUCACAGGGUACAUUAUGAAGACCUAUAACAUUGAAAUCUCUGGGGGUCUGGGGCCAUCAGCUGGCGUGGUUUUGCGUGUGGGACUGAUGGGAUGUAACAGCAGCAAGACCAAUGUGGACAAGGUGUUAGAGGCUUUGGCCGAUGCCCUUAAACACUGCCACAAGAGCAGAGUAUGACAAUGACUGGACAUCAAAUUUCUAAACCAUUUUCUCAACCUCAGUGCUGUUUCACAUGAAUGUUGACGAAUUAUGUAAAAAGGAAAGUCGUAUGAUCAACUUUCCUAGGACACAGUAUCAAUGUGAGAGAUAAAAAGAAGUCAAACCUAUUUCCUCUUCACCGUAACCAUGGAUGUAACCACAAAUACAAUUAAAAUUAUAUGAACGGAAGCUCCUUAACAUAUGAACAUUAUUUGAAGUGAUGAAAUUAGAGUUCAGUUGUCCAAUUGUAACUAGCCAAGACAGGUUUUGAAAUAAUUUUGUACAGAUAACAAAACUGACAAAUCACAUUUUGAUCGAAAAACUUUGGCUGGCACAACGCCCACUAUUCCAUUUUUGUUGUUUACCAGAACUUCACAUAGUAAAAUACACUUGAAUGUGUGCACACUUUGUGCACUGUAUGAUUUACUGUAACAAAUAGUUAUGCAGUGCAAGUUUAGUUCACCUUUUUAGUUUUAAAACACUGAUUCACGUUUAAUGAAACAAUCCCCGUUUAAUGAAACAAUCCUUUUUUGAUUCCCCAAAAAGGCUUUGAAUAUUUAAUGUUUCAGUUUUGUAACCCAAACUUAUAUUGUUUGUAAACCUCCAUUUAUUUAGCACUUGAUAAUUGUCACCACUCUUACUGGAUAUAAGACAAGCCACACCACAAAUACCCUGUAACAGUUUAUUGUAUGUCCUCAGGAAAUAAUGGAGAUAAUCCACAGGUAAACGUUUUAUGUACGGCCGGCGGGGAUUGUUUCAUUAAACGGCCCUAAACAGUUUUUCCAGCCAUUUUUAACAAUUGUGCUAAAAAACUACGGAUGCAAUACUAUUCAAGUCGUACUUCCACGUCUUACACGGCAAAGAGAUUUGAAGCCGCCAUUUUACUUCCGGGUCUGUGAGAAUUUAGGUUUUUCCUGUGUCCCACAUAUUAUGUGAAAUGUAUUUCAAUGAUCAUUGUUCACAAAUUAUGUCUAAUCUAACUUGAGUUUAAGUGCUGACCAAGCUACCAGAAUGUUCAGAACAUCGUGCUGCCUUUUGCAAAAAAUAUUAAUAGAGGUAUUUCUAAGAAUUUCUAAGAACAAGGAACUAACUCACUUGAAUAAUAUUAAUACAGUUCUGGUAUGUUUCCAUGACAUAUUUACUUCCGCUUUUAUGAAUAUAAUUAUUGGACCUAUAUUCAAUAAAUUUAGAAACUCAGGUUAAACUGCA